AUGCCCCAAGUUACAUCACCAUGCCCCAAGUUACAUCACCCUGCCCCAAGUUACAUCACCCUGCCCCAAGUUACAGCACCCUGCCCCAAGUUACAUCACCCUGCCCCAAGUUACAUCACCCUGCCCCAAGUUACAUCACCCUGCCCCAAGUUACAGCAGCCUGCCCCAAGUUACAGCACCAUGCCCCAAGUUACAGCACCCUGCCCCAAGUUACAUCACCAUGCCCCAAGUUACAGCACCCUGCCCCAAGUUACAGCACCCUGCCCCAAGUUACAGUACCAAGCCCCAAGUUACAUCACCCUGCCCCAAGUUACAGCACCAUGCCCCAAGUUACAUCACCAUGCCCCAAGUUACAUCACCCUGCCCCAAGUUACAGUACCCUGCCCCAAGUUACAUCACCCUGCCCCAAGUUACAUCACCCUGCCCCAAGUUACAUCACCCUGCCCCAAGUUACAGUACCAAGCCCCAAGUUACAUCACCCUGCCCCAAGUUACAGCACCAUGCCCCAAGUUACAUCACCCUGCCCCAAGUUACAUCACCCUGCCCCAAGUAACAGCACCCUGCCCCAAGUUACAUCACCAUGCCCCAAGUUACAUCACCCUGCCCCAAGUUACAUCACCAUGCCCCAAGUUACAGCACCCUGCCCCAAGUUACAUCACCCUGCCCCAAGUUACAUCACCCUGCCCCAAGUUACAGCACCCUGCCCCAAGUUACAGCACCCUGCCCCAAGUUAUAGCAACCUGCCCCAAGUUACAGCACCCUGCCCCAAGUUACAGCACCCUGCCCCAAGUUACAGCACUCUGCCCCAAGUUAUAG